UACUCAGCAGAAGCAUCACCUUCUGUUCACUUGCGAUGGCCUGGUUUGUUGUUGAUAUUGUUUCCCGCGCUGGGUUUCGUUGGAAGCUCUCGAUCUUCUUGCUUGUCUCUUGAUUCCGGAGUCUCGUGGACUUGCAGCCUCAGGAGCGCUCAGAUCAUGGGAGAAUUGAAGGCCAUCUGUCUGGCUUUGAAACGCUCUCAAUAACAAAGAAGAGCUUUAACAGUUGUCAUUGUCUGAUGUGCAAGUCUUCACACUUUUUUCAUAUCCGUCAGCACUAGCGCCCGCCCACUGACUUGUCUCUCUUCUGUCACUGCUGUUUGCUUCCACUCUGUCUUUAGCUGUGUGUACGUGCAGAUAAAGAGCGAGCACCAUCUCUCAAACUCUUCCGUCUCGGUGCUUCCAGAAACUUUCGGUGUCUCUCUCCGCGAUAAUGGAUAAAUUGUGUUGUGGAUGGAAGGUCGGCUUAGCCUCACUCUCUCUUAUCCUCUCUCGCAUUCCACUCCUCUCUGUUUGGUUGAGCUGCCUUCAUCCACUCGCCCCCCCCCUCCCCACCCCCCGAUGGGACUUUAAAAUCUGAAAUCCUUUGUUUGGUUUCUGGCUCAGCGUUUUGGUUGUAAUGUAAUUCCAGGCUGACUCGGUAGUGUGCAACCAUAUCAAAGCCUUUCGAAUUUAGAGAGCACUUUCUGUGUUUGUUUUUUAGAGGGGAAAGCCAUGCGUUGGGGUGAGUCUUAGGGCUGAGCUACUGUGUUUCAGCCACUGGAGGGCGCUAGUAUACAGCCGGAUUAAGGGUCAUGGCAAUUGAAAAUUGAUUCAAAUUGACAAAUCAUGUUUAUUAUCCACCCCAGUGUUUGAGAAGAUGCAUGAUAAUAAUUUGAUGAGCAGUAUUUGGUUGAAUACAUCUUAGUUGGCCUGCCCGUGUGGCUAAAUCUACCUGUGUUAACACUUGAAGUGGCAGCUUUACUUCAGUGUUUAAGCGAAUACGCUAUUUUAAGACUCAGCAUUCUCUAGAAAACAUGUCAUAACCUUUCCUUUUGAAGCACAAUUGUAACCGCAGUGAAAAUAGCGAGGUAAGAUGUUUUGGAAUUUCACCUGUGGUGAGCAGGGAAUGUGCAGCUUGGGGGCCAUAUGUGGCUAUUAGCUGGUAUUAAUUCAGCCUUCAUCAGUAAAUCACUUUUAUUCUAUUGAAACCCUCUGAUAUUAAUUAUGAGCAAUAGCCUUUUCUUGUUGCAUUUCCUUUAGCAGGUAUUACAGCGUACUAUAUGAUCCUCAGAACGUCAUCAUUUUCUUGACUUCUUUUUGCAAUAACUUGAUUUUUGCUUGUAUUUGCCUCGAAUUUGUGUCUUUCUAAAGUUUUUCCAAAUGUCCAAACAAUAUUAACCUUGGUCACCGAUUUCUUCUCCCUCAUUGUUUUGCUCUUUAAAUCUUUGUAAUAUGUUUUAUUAUGAUAGUAAAUUUUAUUACCUCUAGAAAGGAGGUUAUGUUCUCAACGGUGCUGGUUUGUCUAUGGUCAAAAUAGCUUAGUGCCUAGUUUAUCUUCAUGUCGUGUUUGAGUUAUGUUUGCAGCAAUGCUGUUUAGUGCCUUUGCUUCCCUUAGCAAGCAGCAAAUCCAUGUUUGAGCUUUACCUACUAUGGAACCUGAUCAACCAAGUCAUGUGAUCCUAAAACAAGUGCAAAUUCCUCAAACGUUGCUGCAGUUGUUUUGUUAAAAACCUCUGUCUUUCCUUCAUGGUGUAUUUCCAGCACGGUGCUGAAUGUUCCCUCUCUCCUUGGUGUUGAUUCAAUAUGAAUGAGUCGCCCUGUCUCUGAGGUGGGGCAGGACGGUCGGGUGAGGAGGGGUUUGCUCCUGGAUGAAGUCAUGAAGCUAUAUCUGGAGCACUCAGCAAGUCUGAUUGUGUGCACCGCUGGAUCUGCAUGUUUGUAUGUAGGAGUGUGUGUGUGUGUGUGUCUGCACGUGGGCUUGAAUUGAUGAAGUCAUUGGUUUAGAACUGGAGCACUCUGUUGUGUGUGUGUGAGAGUCUGAAUGGGUGCGUGCAGUUCCCUUCUUCAAACCCAGCCUUAUUUCUGCCUGUAGUGCUCUCGUGCUAUCUUUGUCCUCUCAUCGACUGAAUCCUUCCUCACCUCACCUUUGAUUCUUUUGGUGAUCAGAGAGAGGAAAAGAUCAAGAGAAAGUGUAGAACGGUUGGGAAAUAAAUGGAGCGAGGGAGAGCCGGUGAGAGAGGAGGCGGGUGAGCGAGAGAAGAGGCAGGCAUCCCUGCUUACACUGGGAGGCAAACCGUGCCUAGUCCUCAGCCUUGGAAGCACAGAGAGCAGGCGCUUGGUGCCGUAGAAGUGGGAGGAAACUGGAGUUGAAGAAGGACGUAUGAAGCAGAGCUUUUUGGCAAGAGAAUUACCCCCAGGGAAAGCAGUGUGGCAAUGUCAUUGUGAAGGAGGAUCUAAUGAGAGAAGGCGCUAGUCAUCUGCAGCGGGGCAAGAAUGUCAUCUGAUGGACUUUGCCUAUGUGGCAAGAGACAAGAACACACGCGUGCUGAAGUGCCACGUGUUCCGAUGUGAUACACCCGCCGCUGCCAUCGCCACCAGUCUUCACGAAAUCUGCUCCAAGAUUAUGGCUGAAAGGAAAAACGCCAAAGCUGCUGUUGGCAGCUCUUCACAGGCAGGAUCCGAUGUUCCACUCCAAGAAUUUCCAAUGCCAAAGACCGAGUUAGUCCAAAAGUUCCAUGUGCUGUACAUUGGAAUGACAUCAGUGUCCCGACCAAUAGGGAUGGACAUCAUAAAUGGAGCCAUUGAGGGGCUUGUGUCGUCUACAGGGAAAGAAGACUGGACUCCAGUCAUCCUGAGCAUCGCCGACACCACGCUCGCUGUCAUCAAAGAAAAGGAGGAAGAAGAGGAGCCCCUGGUGGAGUGUCGCGUCCGUUUCUUGUCAUUUAUGGGUGUGGGGCGGGACAUCCACACGUUUGCCUUCAUCAUGGACACGGGAAACCAACACUUCCAGUGUCACGUGUUCUGGUGCGACCCCAACGCUGGCUGUGUGUCGGAGGCGGUGCAAGCAGCAUGUGUGCUGAGGUACCAGAAGUGUCUGGUGGCGCGGCCGCCCUCUCAGCGGGCCGGUUCCUCCUCAUCGCCCUCCUCGGACUCUGUGACCCGCAGAGUGACCACCAGUGUAAAGCGAGGGGUGCAGUCGCUCAUAGACACUCUUAAGACCAAGAAACAGCCGUCCGAACUCCCCCAACAAUGACCCCCGACCCCAUGAGCACCUUCCCCGCCAACACCUGGAUGCCAUCCACUCUAUCGCCACGGUGACACCUGAGACACGGCAGCCAUGGCAAACAGUGAUGUACAUACAUGUUACCAAACACCACCACCCGGGAAGAGAAGAGAGCAAGGGUUGCAAAACACAAGAGGAAUGUAAAGCUGCAGCUCACUGCUGCGGUUGCUGCUGUGGAUCCAAACCAUCUGAAGGUCGACUCUAGAAAUAAAUGGAUCCAGAGUUGCUUCUUCCUUCGAUGCACUCUUUUACAUCCACCUGUCUCCGCGAACAAAACAGGACAUUUCAUAGACAUUAAAAAUGUUGUCUUGUUUUGGAAACGCCACAGAAGACGGGGGAAAGGAGUGAAAACCUGGACUGGACUAGAAUUUCGGAUUAAGCAUUUGAUGUUUCAAGCUUCCCCAAUCUUUGGUUGUUGAAAUGAUUGUAUAAAUGUAUGCAGUUGAUUGUAUGUUAGAAGAGAAUUUAGGGCACAGAAUCGGUUCUGUUGACUGAGGUGGACUUUAAUUUUGCAUGUUAGCUUGAUGGGGUACAUCAUUUAUGAGUUAGUCAAGGUAUUACUGUAAUAUUCAAAAGAAACGUGUGAUCUUUGCACAAGUAAUCUUAUCUUACAAGGAUGAAGACAGGCACAAAAGAAAAAGAUUUUUUUAAAUCACAUACUUCUCACUAGACGCACAGUCCACAACGGAGGAAUCAAUCUGAUUUGGUAUUAUUGUAGGUUUUUCAUCAGCAGAAUGAUUGGUUAAUCUCAAAUUGACCUCAGGAAAAUGAACAAAAUGGGGUGGUGUGACCAGGUUUUCAGUUCUGCCUGCGCAGCAUGGCAACAAGACUGACUCUCCACCGUGUUUUUCUUGUCAAUAAUUCUACCUGUUUGCCCCCAAAUGGCAGAGCUGGUGCACAUCACGUUCACACCGCUGUGACGUCUCAGAGCCGCCACCUUCACUGAAUCACGGAAUGGAAAAAAGACCAAGAAAAAAAGGACAGUCAGUCAUCUAGUCGUCCCACAUCUUCACAUCAUGUAAAUGUUAUUUGUUGUGACAAUAAAUGCGUUAU